AUGCUUUUCAUCCUAUCUGUUGCACCUCAGUUUGUGAUUGUGGUUUUCUUGCCUCCAUGGGCGUUCACCAUCGAUGAUGGUGACCACUGCUUUAUCAUGGUUUUCUCGCCUCAAUGGGCAUAUUCUAUUGAUGACAGUAGCCAUCACUCUUUGCUCAGAUGUCUCACUCAUAUCGUCUGA